UUUCUCAAUGCAGCCCACAAAUCACACCCAUCCAAAAUUCCCUGGACUCGAUUAGGUCGGCCUCGGGUUGAUUCUCAGCCCGAACCGAAAGGACCGAACCGGACUGAGUUGCAGUAGUAAAGGCCUGGUGCCGUCGUUCGGUAGCGACAGAGAUCGAAUUCUCGUUUUCUGCAGAGAAAUGUCAGUGGAAAACGGGACCCGAAGUUCUGAAGAGGAUGCGAGAAAAGAAGAUGAGAAUAUUCUACUAUUCCUGGAUUCAAUGGACAGUUAUCUCACUCUCUUUGAUUCCUUGUCUUCCACGCUCCGCCAGGGAUGGCUGGAGCUAGCCAGUGCCCGGCAUUCCAUGGGUACAUCACGCAUCACCAGUGCAUUAUUCGAUCUCAAAUUGCAUUCUGCUGCCACCACAUUGCAAGUGAACCUACCAUAUGAUGAAUCAGCUUCAGGUGAUCCUACGGUGAACCAGCCACAUUUUACUCUAUCUAAGUGGGCAUCUCUGAGUGAUAGAAAAUGUGACUCCGGGGAGGUUGAAAUUGAUGAGGAGUUGCAGAAGAAAUCAUAUAACUCCCAACUACGACAUAGGGGUCCAUCCACUGAUGUCCAGGAAAAAGAUUCAGAAACCAACGGAAAGACUCUUGCUGUUGAUGAUCAAAUUCAGAAGGAGAGAUCUAAGUCACUGUCUGUCUUUGGGACAUUGGUUUCUCCAAAGCUUCGGUCAGCCCAAGUUUCAUUCGAAACAGCACUGGAAACUCUUGUAAAAAUGGCAAAUAUGCGGUCUUCGAUGUUAUCUGCAUAUGCUCAAACCCGGCAAGAAAUGGAGGGUGCGGAGUGACAUCCUAGUUGUGUCUUCAGGACCUGACCAGGUAAGCUACGCUUGAACCAGAGACCUCAAUGUUGAAACACGCCGUCUACCAUUGAGCUACAGGGAACUGCAGCUUAUGUUCUGCAGUUCUCAUUGGAUUUCAUUUGGCUAAUUGAAGAUGUGGUCAUCAGCAUCUAGACAUUCGAUGUAUUUUAUUAUAGUUUUGUAUCCUUGGCAUGCAUGUCACAACGUGUACAUGGGUAUAAACCAUCCAUGCCACAGCCUAAAAUUCUCACUGAUCUGAUUAUCUGAAAUGUCAAAUCGUAUGGGCAUUGCCCAGGAAAUGUGGGCCUGGCCUGUUUACAUUUUCAA